ACCUUAGGUGAGUCUGGGUUCCAAGUGUGACCUUCGGGGUUGUAAAGUUGCUCCAUCGUUGAAAAUGGCAAGUUUUUCUCUUGUUUUAGCCGCCUUGAUUGUGUGUUUUGCAGUGUUUUUGGCCGAUCCAGGGCUUGGAUUUAGCGGAUCAACUGAAGAUGGCGGUUGUCCCUGUUCGGAUCCUUCUCACUGCAAAGUUAUUUCAACGCAGCCGCGGAAAGAAGUUUUUGCCUUCUGGGUAGGAUCGACAACAUGGAAGCAUUAUGAUUGGACACGGAUCACUACCAUUGUAAUGUUUCAUCGUCACAAUCCACAACUCAUGUGUUAUGCCCACUCCAAAGGGGUUCGAGUCGUCAGUAUGGGUAUAUUUCCGGCAGCGAAUCUUUCCAGUGUGGCCGAUCGGAGCGCCUGGGUUAUGGCCGAAGUCAACGAGGCCAUAGAGCAGUAUCUGGACGGUAUUAACAUAGAUAUCGAAUAUCCGAUGAAUAAAUCCGAAGCUCACUUGCUGACCAAUCUUGUGGCUGAAACUGCUCAUGCUUUCCACAUUUCAAUUCCAAACUCUCAGGUGACGUAUGACGUCGCCUGGUCACCUGACUGCAUCGACGAGCGUUGCUAUGACUACAAAGGCAUCGCUGAAGUAUGUGACUUCGUCUUCAUCAUGGCGUACUCGGAGCAGAGUCAGAUCUAUGGCCCUUGUAUUGCCAUGGCAAACGGCCCGUAUAACAAAACAGUCAGAGGAGUCCAAGGUUACCUUAAAUUGGGAAUUCCUCCAGACAAGCUCGUCUUAGGAUUGUCCUGGGACGGCGUGGACUACGUCUGUCAGAAAGUUUCCAAGGACAAUGUGUGUUCUAUCGAACGUGUCCCUUUCCGUGGAGCUCCAUGCAGUGAUAUACCAGCGAAGGAAAGAACAUUCGCUUUUAUUAUGACCAAACUGGUGGAUUCUACUACUGGUAGACUGUACAAUGCGACGUAUGCCUCACCGUACUACAACUACAAGACCAAUGUGCCUGGCCAGAUCAGACAAGUCUGGUAUGACGAUGUCGGGUCCCUGACUCUACGCUACGAGUACGCCAAAAGUGCUAACCUACGCGGCGUGGGCAUGUGGCCCGUGGACAGCCUCAACUACACCCAGACGCCCGCCGCUGAGAACCAAACACGUGCUAUGUGGGAGGCCAUCGACACUUUCCUGAAAUGAGAAUAAAGUAUUAAGCAUAUUGCUUAGCAAAUUGAUAACACAAACAAACCCAAAGAUUGUUAAACGAUUUAUUUUGUGAAAGGGUCCGCCCGUUCCAGAAUUAAAACUAUUCCAAAGUUAAAACAGUAUUUGCUUUAAACUUACGGGUUUUCAUCAUUGGUAAAUAAUCAAAUGAAAGGGGAAUUGUUUGGAUAUGGAGAUAUCAGAUAUUAUCAUUAGGCCUAUAAACAUGUUAAUUGUUGUUAAAGUGAAAUUUUGCGUAUUCCAUCCACGUAUUAAUAUCCAGUGUAUCUUGUACGGUAUAUUUCGUCCCACACUUUGUAAGCUGCAUAUGUUGGCUAUUCACUAUAAUCCAGCGGCAGUCAUUUUCUGCGCAGGAACCAGGAUCGCGCGAGUUGCGCUCAGGCAGCACGCACACGCAGCACGCACACGCUUCGGGCUCCUUCGACCAAUAGGAAAACCAAAAUGCGCGCGUGCCGCGUCUUUUGAACGCAUGCAGCAUGUGCGUGUCACCACCGCAGUAACAGCUUCUAAAUUCUGGUUGCCGGAUUCCACUAUAGUUAAUUACUCGAGAAGAUUGCUUUUAUGUUUUGUUGAGCCUGAAGUGAACUAUACGUAUUAUUAUACUUAUAUGUAUAGCUGUCCUUGUUCAGCUGAAAUAGAUUAUCAGUGCUUUAUUAGCUAUUAAUAUAACAAGGAAAGGUGAACUGGUCGUAUUAUUGUCUCAGUUAUAACUUGAAUUGAAGUGUUGAGAUACUAUUUGUAUAUUUUGUACGUGUCUAAUUGUUUUUACACUUUGCGAAUAAAAAAGCAAAUCGAAAUUCUAUGACUGUCCUUGUUCGGCUGGAACAGGACUUUAGUUAUUAAUGUGAAAAUGAAACCAAGAGGAACUGGUCACAAAUUGAUUCAAAAAUCUCAAUUGAACAUUUUGAGAUUCUAUUUUGAAUAUUUGGUACGUGUUUUAUCUUUUCGAAACUUUCUAACAUUGAGAAUAAAUGUUGAUAUUCGA